GGGGGAAGGGGCAGCCCUGCUGCUCUAGAGUCAAAGGGAAGGAAAGGCUGCUGUCACUCUCCUCUCAGGGCUCAACCCCACUCCCUCUUCUCGGCUCCAAGUUCCAGCUCGCAGGCUGAGAAACCUAGACUGACCAGGAUGGAUUGACCUCAGCUCUGCACUUACUGUUUGCAGAGCUCUGAACUUUGCUCGGAAGAGUACGGUAUAACAGAGUUGAUUGACACGUUUCCCACCCACGGUCGACCUGUCAUCUUGUCCAGCCUCUGCCUUCCAGCAAAUGACUCCAAUGAGUGACUCAGCCAGGACAUGUUCAGGAUGGACAACUCGUUCCUCUGGUGGCCAUGACCCUCCCCACUGCAGGGAUUGCACCUGGAUGGGGAUUCUCCUCACAGCUUUGGUCCUGAGCACCUGGCUACCCACAGCGUCCCUGCAAUUGACCCUGGUGUCCAUCCCACCGCAGCCUACUGAGGACCAGGUUGUCACUCUCUCUGUCCGGGGAGUUCCCAGGACAGCAAGGAAGUUCUGCUGGUACCGGGGCAGGGUUCUCCCUGACACCCAGAUCCUCAUCUAUGAUAUCGCAACACAGAGCAACUUGCCCGGGCCCGCUCACACUGGCCGGGAGGUGGGGCUGGCCGAUGGUUCCCUCCAGAUCCAGGAAGUCAGGGAAGACGACGCUGGCCAGUACACCCUACAGGUCAUCAGCCUUCUUGCCGGCAGCCCACCACUCACCGGGACUGUUAAUUUAAAACUUUCUGGGUUUCCCACCGGGACUGACCGUUCACCUCAGUCCUCUGCGGUAUCAGGGCUCCGGAUCGUGCCAGUUCCCCAGCAUCCCAGGGUCGGGGAGGACAUCACCCUGUCUAUCUGGGGCCUGCCGGGGCUGCCCAAGACCUACACGUGGUACCGCGGGGCGGCGGGAAAACCCCAUCUCAUCCUCCGCUAUAACACCGGUGUUGGUGUCUCCAACUGGCUUCUGGGCCCGGCCCACAGCGGGCGGGAGGCGGGCACCAAGAAUGGCUCGUUGCUCCUCCGAGACGUCAGCCCCCAGGACUCCGGGCGCUACAUCGUGCACGUGGUCACCUUGCAGGGGAAAGAGGAGGCCUCCAUCACCAUCGAUGUCUCUCUGGGGCCCACGACCCCCCCAGCGGAGAAGGUGCCAGGGUUUCCCACCGGGACUGACCGUUCACCUCAGUCCUCUGCGCUUUCAGGACUCCAGAUUGUGCCAGUUCCCCAGCAUCCCAGGGUCGGGGGGAACAUCACCCUGUCUAUCUGGGGCCUGCUGGAGCUGCCCAAGACCUACACGUGGUACCGCGGGGCGGCGGGAGGCCCCCAUCGCAUCCUCCGCUGUAACACCGGUGGUAGUGCCCCCAACUGCCUUCCGGGCCCGGCCCACAGCGGGCGGGAGACGUGCACCAAGAAUGGCUCGUUGCUCCUCCGAGACGUCAGCCCCCAGGACUCCGGGCGCUACAUCGUGCACGUGGUCACCUUGUGGGGGAAAGAGGAGGCCUCCAUCACCAUCGACGUCUCUCCGGAGCCAACGACCCCCCCAGCGGAGAAGGCCCCAGUUCCCGUUCCCUCUCUUGCAGCCUCCGGAGGGAUUAUUGCCGCCCUGGUGGUGGGAAUCCUGGUGGGCACCUCGCUGCUGGGGGCGCUGGGGUAUUGGCUGUUCCACUUCCGCCGCAGAUCCAGAGGUUCACCUAGGUUAACGGAGACAGUCGACAGCGGAGAGAAGAAGCUGUCGGUGCUGCGAAACAGAGAUCAAGGAAAUGCGUAUGAAGACUUGAACUUUUCUUGGAAAAAGGCUAAGGACCCCAGUGGGACCACAGUGCCUAGCUUCCCGGAGAAACCGAUGUGGCCCUUGCCCAUCUAUGAGGACUUGCAGGUGGGAAACGCCGACAUUUACUCUGAACUUCAACUGCCGGCCUAUUUGCAUCUGGAAUAUGCCUCUGCCUGGAAGACAUUUACUGAAGGUACUACAGCCAUGAGGGCCUACUGGCUCAGAAGCUCUCCAAGGGAUGAGAUCAGCUAUGGGAGGAGGGAGGAGGGAGGAGCGGCUGACAGCGGCGCCCCCUGGCGGCGGGGCUGCGCGGAUGGCGGCGGUGGCGUCUCCCUCGGGCUGCGGGGUCCCUCCCGCCCGGUGGGGCCGCACCUGGACCGGGUUGCUCCUCGCAGGUGGGCUUUUAGUAGAAUUUCAAAGGAGGAGAAGUACGGUUUAGCUCAGAGGACAAGGAAAGGUGUUUCAAGUGGGGGAGACCGGUCUUCAGACAAGAAGCAGUCCUACUCUUUUGGGGUCCAUCUGGGAGGGCUUCCCGGAGGUGUCAUCACCAACCUCCUUCCCUCCCCCACUCUGCUCGCAGCCUCCGUUCUAACUGCUUGGCUACCUCCUGCGCCCGCACAGCUGACCGUCACUCCCAUCCCUCCCAACCCCCUCGAGGGCUGGGACGUGACGCUGUCUGUCAGCGGGGCCCCCGGCGGCCUGCUGCUCUACAACUGGUACAGGGGGGCGUCUCUCAGCCUGACUCAGAUGAUCCUCAGCUACAUCAACGCCACUGAGAUCCAGACUCCCGGGGCGGCCCACAGUGGCCGGGAGGCCGUUCACCCCAACGGCUCCCUCCUGAUCCAGAGAGUAACCUUAAACGACUCCGGCAGCUACCUUCUACAAUCCAUCAACCCGCAGUUCCAGACAGAAAUAGCGUUUGGCUUUUUGAGGGUUUAUGAAAGGUUUUCGAAGCCCAGGGUCACAGCGAACGGGACCAACGUGGUGGAGUACAGAGACUCUGUCGAGCUCACCUGCGUCACCAGCCACAUGGCUGACAUCCGCUGGUACUUCAACCACCAGCUCAUCCCGGGCAGCAGCCGGGUCCUAAUGAGGCCGGGGGUCAGAAGGGAAGAGGCCGGAGUUUACCAGUGCGAGGUCUGGAGCCUGCUGAGUGCCAACCGAAGUGAUCCUGUCCAGCUCACCGUCAACUAUGGCCCGGACCAUGUGACGAUCACCCAGGAGUCGGCGUUGCGCAAGGGCUGCACCAUCGAGGCGGAGCUCAACUCUACGCUGACAUUGUGGUGCGUCACCGAGUCCUGCCCCGAGCCCCAGUACGAGUGGACCCUGAACGGCACCAGCAGGGGGCGCCCGCAGGACUCCCUGCUCAUCGGCGCGAUGAGCUGGGAGCACCAGGGCGCCUAUACCUGCAUCGCCAAAAAUAACAAGACUCAACUCUCGGCCUCCGCCACCGUCUUCCUCACAGUGACCGUCAUGGCCUCAAGCUUCAUGAUUGUGCCCAUUCCCGCACGCCAGGUGGAGGGGCAGGAUGUGACCCUCUCCGUCCAGGGCUGCCCCAGGGACCUCCUGGUGUACGCCUGGUACCGAGGGACGCCGGAUGAGCCCAAUCGACUAGUCAGCCAGUUGCCGCUGGGGAACUGGAUCGCAGGGCCUGCCCACAGCGGCCGGGAGACCGGCUUCCCCAACUGCUCCUUGCACAUCCAGCACUUGAACGCCAGCGACUCAGGCCGCUACACCCUCAAGACCGUCACCCUGCAGGGCAAGACCGAGAUGCUGGAGAUCGAGCUGCGGGUCCUGGGGUAACGUGGGAGGAAGAGUAGAGCCACCGGGUGUAAAAGCAGCAGCAUAUCCUUGUAACAUCACAGCUCUCGUCACUGUCGUCCUUCUCCUCGUCUACACUUCCGGAACCCCUAGGUGCCGGCCUCUCUAACCAGCACUGGUAGUUUUGCUCUCCCUGUCCUCAGGAAGCUUCCUGUCUAAUGGGAAGAAGAGGCGUACUAGCCCUAAUUGCUGUUCUAACUAACCAAAUAAACCACCUUUACUGACCUCCUGGGA